CGGCGGCUCUCGGCCCGGCCAGGCGCUCACUCGGUCCGGGUCAUGGAGGCGCCCGUCGCCUGCUUGUUUCUGUUCCUGGUGCUCGGGGCCUGGGCCCCGGCGCCCGGCAGCGCCUCGUCGGAGCCCCCGCCAUUAGUCAACGAAGACGUGAAGCGCACGGUGGACCUGAGCAGCCACCUGGCCAAGGUGACCGCGGAGAUCGUCCUGGCGCACCCGGGCGGCGGCUCCUCGUCCCGAGCCACCUCCUUCCUCCUGGCCCUGGAGCCCGAGCUCGAGGCCCGGUUGGCGCACCUCGGCGUGCAGGUGAAGGGAGAAGAUGAGGAAGAGAACAAUCUGGAAGUGCGAGAAACCAAAAUUAAGGGUAGAAGUGGGAGAUUCUUCACGGUCAAGCUCCCAGUUGCCCUUGAUCCAGGGACCAAGCUUUCAGUUAUUGUGGAAACUGUCUACACCCAUGUGCUUCAGCCAUAUCCAACUCAGAUCACCCAAUCAGAGAAACAGUUUGUGGUGUUUGAGGGAAACCAUUAUUUCUACUCUCCCUACCCAACGAAGACACAAACCAUGCGUGUGAAGCUUGCCUCCCGAAAUGUGGAAAGCUACACCAAGCUGGGAAACCCUACGCGCUCCGAGGACCUCCUGGAUUAUGGGCCGUUCAGAGAUGUCCCUGCCUAUAGUCAGGAUGCUUUUAAAGUACACUAUGAGAACAACAGCCCUUUCCUCACCAUCACCAGCAUGACCCGUGUCAUCGAGGUCUCCCACUGGGGGAAUAUCGCUGUGGAGGAAAACGUGGACUUGAAGCACACGGGGGCUGUGCUGAAGGGGCCCUUCUCGCGCUACGACUACCAGAGACAGCCCGACAGUGGGAUCUCCUCCAUUCGCUCCUUCAAGACCAUCCUCCCUGCAGCUGCCCAGGAUGUUUACUACCGGGAUGAGAUCGGCAACGUGUCCACCAGCCACCUCCUUAUUUUGGAUGACUCCGUAGAGAUGGAAAUCCGGCCUCGCUUCCCUCUCUUUGGAGGGUGGAAGACACAUUACAUCGUUGGCUACAACCUCCCAAGCUAUGAAUACCUCUAUAAUUUGGGCGAUCAGUAUGCACUGAAGAUGAGAUUUGUGGACCAUGUGUUUGAUGAGCAGGUGAUAGAUUCUUUGACUGUGAAGAUCAUUCUGCCUGAAGGAGCCAAGAAUAUCCAAGUUGACAGUCCUUAUGAAAUCAGCCGUGCCCCAGAUGAGCUGCACUACACUUACCUGGACACAUUUGGCCGCCCUGUGAUUGUUGCUUACAAGAAAAAUCUGGUAGAACAGCACAUUCAGGACAUUGUGGUCCACUACACGUUCAACAAGGUGCUCAUGCUACAGGAACCCCUGCUGGUGGUAGCUGCCUUCUACAUCCUGUUUUUCACCGUCAUCAUCUAUGUCCGCCUGGACUUUUCCAUCACCAAGGAUCCGGCUGCAGAAGCCAGAAUGAAAGUGGCUUGCAUCACAGAGCAGGUCUUGACCCUGGUCAACAAGAGAAUAGGCCUGUACCGUCACUUUGAUGAGACCAUUAAUAGGUACAAGCAAUCUCGGGAUGUCUCCACUCUGAACAGCGGCAAGAAGAGCCUGGAGACUGAACACAAGGCCUUGACCAGUGAGAUUGCUCUGCUGCAGUCCAGGCUGAAGACAGAGGGCUCUGAUCUGUGUGACAGAGUGAGUGAAAUGCAGAAGCUGGACGUGCAGGUCAAGGAGCUGGUGUUGAAGUCAGCGGUGGAGGCUGAGCGGCUGGUGGCCGGCAAGCUCAAGAAGGACACGUACAUCGAGAAUGAGAAGCUCAUCUCUGGAAAGCGCCAGGAGCUGGUCACCAAGAUCGACCACAUCUUGGAUGCUCUGUAGCCCCUGCCCUGGCCUUCAGGGUGGGCCCUGGGAGCCUGCACCGUUAAGAGGGCAGGCAGUGGGUGGAGGGUUGUUUGAACAUAGAGACCAGCGAAGGCUGCAUCUCUAAUUUGCAAAUGGCUUUCAAAGGAAGAGAAGCCAGGCAGUAGAAGAAGCCUCUUUUUUUAAAGUUAAAAAAAAAUUAAGUCCCACGAUAACAAAACAUCUUUGUGUUUUGAACAAAGAAAUUUUCAGUAGUUGACUGGUAUUGUUUGAUUCUGAAGCCUAGGGUAUUUUUUAAGCCUGUAAGCACCCUGUUUCAUGCCCUUCUACUUCUUGAUGUUUCGGGUAUUUUGUAAGCAUAUGUGUGUGUGUGUGUGUUUUUUUUUUUUUUUAAAGGUGUGUAUGACCAAAUGAAAAUAAAGCAGGGACUGUA